AUGGAAGAAAUUGGAAGUAGUUCAUCAAUGGAGUCCAAGAACGUGAGGGUAAUUGGCAUCGACUUAGGUACUACAUGCAGUAGAGUUGGAUUUUGGAUCGGAGAAGAAUUAAGAAUCACCAGAAUUCCAUCUUGCAUUGCAUUCACUGAUUACACAGAAGAACACAUAGUUGGUGAUGAAGCAUUUGAUGGAGUUGACAACAAUCCAUUAAACACGGUUCUUGAUGUCAAGCGUCUAAUUGGGGCUAAAUUUUCAGAUAAUGAUACUCAACUUGACAUUCUUCGUAGCUCAGUUGCAAUAAUUGAAGAUCCAAUAAGCAAUAGUGAUGAACUUAGUGUCGUUGUUCGAUCUUUUAAUCACCUAAAGAGAUUCUCUGCUGAAGAGCUUUUGUGUAUGAUUUUAAAGAAAUUGAAACAAAUUGCAGAACAAGGUCUAGGUCUUGAUAAUGGAGAUGCAAUUGUUAAAGCUGUGAUUAGUGUUCCAACUUGUUAUAAUAAUGCUCAGAGAUUAGCAACUAAACGAGCAGCAACAAUGGCUGGCUUUGAGGAUUCACGUCUUAUUAAUGAAACUUCAGCAACUGCACUUGCUUAUGGAUGGCUUAAGAAGAUGAAGAAAUCAAGAGAAGACCAACAGCAGCAUGGUGUUGAAGCAAGAAUCCCUCAAGAAGAUGAGGAGAAUGUGUUGAUAUUCGAUCUUGGUGGAGGAACAUUGAGUGUUGCGGUUGUCAACAUCAAAGAUGGAUGGAAUACGUAUCAGGUGAAAUCUGUUGCAGGUGAUACUCAUCUUGGUGGUAAAGAUUUCACUGAUGAAUUAUCUUUGUACUGUUCUGAUAAGUUCGAAGAGAUACAGAAUGAUGAAGAUAUUUGUGUAAGUGCAAGAUCUAAGAGCAGAUUAAGGUUUGCAUGUGAAGAUGCUAAAAGAUUUCUAGAUUAUCCUCAUGAUAAACAAACAGUAGUCUUUGUCGAUUCUUAUUACGUUCUUACGUCGAAUUUCACAAACAGAAGAAAAGCAAUUCCAUUGAGUGUUCCAGUAACAAAAAAUGUGUUUGCUGAGGAAUGCCAGGAAUUGUUUAAUAAAUGUGAGGAAGAAGUUGACCAGUGUGUUCAAAUUUCAGGGAUUUUUAAAUUUCAUGAAGUUAUUCUUGUUGGUGGAAGUACUAGAAUUUCGAGAAUUCGAGAAAUGCUAGGAGUAUUUUGUAGACAUGCACAAGGGUUUUGUGAGAUUAUGAAUCCAGAUGCGGCUGUUGUUCAAGGAGCAGCAAUUCAAGCAGCAAUUUGGAGUGGGGAAGCACUGAGUAAUCCGCUGCUGAAUGGCAUUUCAAUUACAGAUGUUGCGCCACUAACUUUAAGUACUUUAACAUUACCUAACUUGAUUCGCAGAAACACAGUGAUUCCAACUGUAAGAACACAUCCUUUCACACCUGCAAGGGAUGUGACAAGACUCUCUGUUGGGGUUUAUGAAGGUGAAGAUGACGAGAUGGAGGACAACAAUCUUAUCGGUUAUUUCAUCUUUGAUGGUAUUCAAGCAACUGAAAUGGGAUUACCAAACAUUACUAUAAGUUUUGUUGUUGAUCAUGAUGGGAUUUUAAAUGUAACUACUGCUGAGGCUGCUGAGGAUGGAAGUCAUAGACAAUUGGCUAGGCAGGUGACUAACAGAAGUCUAACGCCUGACGAGCUCAAUCAAUUUGGAAGAGAUAUGGAGAAUCCAGAACAGGAGGAAAGUAACAGAAUGAAGCUAGAGGCGAGACUGAAGGUGUGGCUUUUUGUUGAUAAACAUAUGUCGCGAGAUGUGCCAGAUGAUUUUUCUGUGGGUCUCAGUGCUAGUCAGUAUGAAAGGCUAAGAGCGGCAUUAGAAGAUGCGGAGACAUGGUUGCAGAAUAGUGAACUGCCAGAAGUAAGAGCUUCUGAGCUUAAAUUGGAUGAACUGCAGAGGACAUAUUUUCUGAUUUUACAUGAGAGAAGAGGCCCCAACUAA